CACUCGAGUUGACGUCAUCAGGGGAACGGUUUGCUUGUUAAUGAUUUCGUUGAGCUUUCGAGACGUGAAGCUAAUCUUGGCCUGAUUGAGCCCGGUUUCUCCUUCGUUUUGCCAUAGAUUGAUAGAGAGUUAGAUUCUUAAUUUAUAACGAGGCGAAAACAUCUUACCGUCCAUAUGCGACAGCUGGGAAUGAGUAUUUCUACGGCCGAUAAGGAAUUGGAAUUCGCCGAUCCGAAGGAAGAGGCGACUUACUGGAAGCAAGUAGCCGAGGAUUUAGAGCGAAAGUUGCAAGAAGCGAGAGAUGAACUCGACGAGUUUCAAGAAGGUAGUCGUGAAUUAGAAGCAGAAUUGGAAACGCAGUUAGAGCAAGCAGAAGCCAGACAGCGAGAACUUUUGUCAGCAAAAACACGACUAGAAACGGAAAACGAAAGCUUAAAGGCGAGACUAGAUGCAAGCCAGAAUGAAUCCUAUCUUACGAUAUCAGCGCUACAAGAUGAAGUAGCCCAGCUUAAAGCUGUUCGAGAAGAAGUUCAAAAAUACGUUCGGGAACUCGAACAGGCGAAUGACGAUCUGGAAAGAGCGAAAAGGGCAACAGUGUGCUCACUGGAAGACUUUGAGCAGAAGCUGAACCAGGCCAUAGAAAGAAAUGCUAUUCUUGAAAAUGAGUUAGAUGAAAAGGAGACCCUCCAAGAAUCAGUACAAAGACUGAAAGAUGAAGCAAGAGAUCUUCGACAAGAACUUGCGGUGAAAGAAAAAGAGAGAAAAAAACCUGGUGAUGGAUUAGAAUUUAGCAAAGAUAAAGAGAGUAACAAAGAAAAUAAAGAACCAUUGAAAAUAGAGGGAUCUCCAUUGAAACCAGAAACUACAAGCCAGACAUCAGAUUUCCAUGCUACAACUGCUUCCAUAGGAACAUCACCACUCCACACAGGGUAUGGCACUUCUCCGCUGACUCCAUCUGCACGAAUAUCUGCACUAAACAUUGUCGGCGAUCUGUUGAGAAAAGUAGGGGCCCUUGAAUCUAAACUGGCUUCAUGUCGAAACUUUGUUAAAGAUCAACCUCGAAAUCCAAGAGGAUCAACUGGGUCUAACAGCCCCUCAGAUUCUCCAAGGCCAAGCAGAAUUCCCAAGAGCAGUUACCAAAACCCAGGAAUGCAGGGACUGGUUAAGGUUCAGGUGUAAUGAAAGAAACAUGUGAGAGAAUACUAAAUCUGACUGUUCUGUGAAGAAGAGCUGCUUUUCACAACAUUCUGGGGAACACUGGUCAGUGUUGAUGCAGGUGUUGCCUUAAAAAAAAAAAAAAAUGGAACUAAAGCCAGAAGUUUUGAAAAACAGCCCAAUGAAUGAGUCUGGUUGUUUGUAAAUCCUUUGAAUUAAAUUCCUGAAGUGAAUUUCAAGGUAGUGGUUGUUAACCAAUUUUAAUAUUAAGUUGCUAACUUGAAAAUUCAAUCGAAUUUUAAAUAUAGAGCAGAAUUUGUGUGUCCAAUUUGUACAGAUAUUUUGUAUAGCUGUUGAAGCAUUUUAUUGUAACAUAGUUGCAGAUUUCAUUAGCACAAGAAAGAUUCCUUAUGAAAAAUGGUGAGACAUUUAAGAAUAUUUAAUUACAGUGGUACUGUAUGAAGGCAAGUUGCUAACUACAGUUAUUAAAAAUUCCCAAUACUUUGGAGUAUUUAUUUUUAAAGACUUAAUUCUGCCAAAUCAAUCUGGAUAGGUGUUGCUGAAACAUUUGUUGCAGAAAAUUUGGUUAGAUGCUUCUAAACAUUUUUGAUGGUUCACUCUUUGAUUUGGAAAACAGAGCAUGUUCACAGCUGGAAUUAAAGGAUAAAUUUUCAUAAUUGCUCUUUAUGAAACCUUGAAGAUGAGAUCAGAGUUUCAUGAUGUGACUGUGAGAAUUUUCACAACUUUCUAAUACUAACCUCCAUCACAUACCUCUUCCACCUUAGUUUUACAGGCCAAACAUUUCUUUCCAACCUGUGCAGAGGUUUCAAUAAAAUAUGGUGACAGGUGCUUUACCACCACCUGUAAGACUUCAUGUCACCAUCUGUUCAGCUUGCACACAGGCACUCAUGUUUAGGCUUUGCCUUACAGCUAGCCACUUAUUAUAGCAUCAGCAGCCCCCUAUGGAUGUGAAAACCCCUGCACAAGGAAAAGCUAUUUGUAACAUUUAGAAGCCUUCCUUCAUAAAUGUUUGUUUCACUUAAGUUUUGAUUUUCCUUAAUCAAGAUAUCAGGGUUGACUGAUUGUCCUGAUUUUCCAAAUCAAAGGUUGAAAAAGCAAAAUAAUUGUAUUUGAAGAGUCAGUUUUCUCAUAAUCAACUGGUGUUUGUGGUGUUAAAAUUGGGGUGUUGUAUGUGAAUUUUUUCAAUCAAAUUAAUUUACUAGAAGAAUCCAAUAAGUACGUUAUCAAGACUAGCCAAUGAGCAGGUUCUCAUGAGCACUGCAGUACAACUGGUGAACCAAUGAGAGUCAAGUUAGUUUAGCAAUUGAAAUAAUUCACCAUGGGGUCUGACAUAAAAGAUUUUUGGAUGAAUGUCAGCAUUUGACCAAGUGCACACCCACCCCUCCCCUCCCCAACUCAGCAUUAACCCUAACUUGUUAUCAGUUGACUGUUGUUUGGUUAAGGGAGGGGUAGGUGUGUGCUCAGAUACUGAUACUGAUCCAGAUUUUUUUGGUUGCUUGCUGGUUGGUGUAGUUGUGUGCCUAUGAGUGCUUGCUUGCAGGCUGUAUAGACUGAUAACAGCAGUUUUUGUUUGCAAAAGGCUGUAUUUGUUUUUCCUUAACAUGUUUCGAUGUCAUAUCAAGGUGUGCUUGUAUAUCAACUAAUUUAAGUUCUGCAAAUUGGCUUUUUUUGCGAAAUUACUCUAAUUUAACCAAUCAUGGUAGUUGUUGAGGUGUAAUUAAAGAGGAAACUUUUUAUAUUUUUUAAAAUAAACUUAAUGUACAUGUAACAUAAAAAUACCUUAUAUUCUAAUGGAUACUUUUUAACCUCUGUGGCUGCUUCAAAAGGUAAAUCUUAUUUCAAGCAAAAAAAAUUUGCCAAAGAUAGGUGCUAUCGUAUAUGAUGUUUACUCCAAAAUAUAUUUUAAAAAUAAGACAAUUAUUAUAGUUAGUAUAUACCAAACAGGUGAAUAGUGCCUUCUGCAAGCAAGCACUAUUCAACUUGUGCAUCCUAAGUAUAAUUUUUGACCAUUUUUUUUAUGUUGUGGGAUAGAUAGAAGCAAUUUUUUUGGGUGUCUGAGUGGUAUUUAGUAAAACAAACAUUCAUCUCAGUGUCUGUAACUGUGGUGGGUAUUUCCACCACCGUUUACCUCUAUUUUGGUGAAUGAUUGUUUUUGUUAUAAUUUUUCAUGCACCUUUCGAAGUAAUGGAGUCAUUACUAAAUGAUUUGUUUGUUAAUUAAGAGCUAAACCAUUUUUUCAAGAUACUAAUUGGACUUUAUCUUCUCAGUUUCAAUCCCACUGAAACAAUUAUUUAUUACAGCUUAUCUUUGGCAAAUGUUUUGUUUUGUAAUAAGGUUGUUAAGGACUGGCUGCAGUGAGGGUAGUGGUUACCAUAAGUUAUGUGAGUGAGCUUCUUGUCAUUGUUUGAAACAUUCAAAAAGAAGAGUGGGGACCUGCCAUGUGAAAUGAGCUUGGACACUUGUUAGGCCUUAAAAAAUUCAUCAAUUUUUGAUUUGAUUACAAAAGUUUUUGAGAUAAAUGAAUGGGUGCAUGGACAAAGGGCACAAGUGACUUCUGAUAGACUGCUAUAUUCUCAUGCUUAGGGUUUGUCUUGUGAUCCUUUGUGAAACAUAAGGAGAAGUAGAUUUUUAUCAAAAGUCACUCAAGGCUCUACCUCGUGCACUCCACAUAAAACACAUUAUUUUUAGCCAAUAAGGUAUGUAACUUUUAGUUGAUUGGGAGACAUACAUUGUAUUAAGUAUGGAGUCUUCAGCAUUCCUCUCUCAACGGUUAUUCAAGAUUCUUAACCUGCUUUAUUCCAGGCUGCCAUUAAUGUGGAAUUGCUUGAUUAGACUUCAAGCGUGCUCAUUUAAUAUCACAUUUAGGCAGAUCUCCUUUAAUUGAGUUUCAAGCUCCUUGCUUGUUUCACAUGGACAUCCCUCACUAUAAGAUAAUUUCUUAAACAUGAUUACAAGACAAUUACUAUAAGUCCUGUUAUUCUAUCAUUUGUAAGAAAAAAAAAAUGUCUUGUCUGGUUACCAGAUGAUGCCAUUGCGAGUGUUAUUUUGUCUGCUUAUUGUGGUGAGCAACAUAUAAACCUGAUAAGUGUGUUACAGACUAAGUUUAAGUAAUCCAAGUGACCUUAGCCUUGAAAAUGGAUUGAAAAAUUCAAGGUAAACAUUUCCAAGCACAGUUUUUUGGUACUAUGUCAAGUCAGCCUGACUUGUGAGGUUUAUCUCAAAACAGUGGUUUAUAAUGUAAGAAGGACUAUCACUAAACACUUAAUGCUAUAUUUUCAGUAGGAAAAAAAUUAAUUCCAUCCAGGUUAGUGUUACCUUGAAGAAAGAAUCUUUCAUUUUACAACUUAAAUUAUUGUUGCCAUCUUAAAGCCUGCAACCUUCUUAACUCGAAAUUUAGUAGGCCAUACUUUAUAUUUUUAAAUUUUCAACAGAAAACAAGUGUUACUAUUCCCAGGCCUUAUUCUAUAACUACAUCCAACUUAAUUGUUUAUUCUGCAGAGGCUUGUGAUGUUGUUCUGUCAAGAAUUUUAAGACAAAAAAUAAGGCUAUUGUUUAGUACCUGUAAUCUCUUAUUACCAUCACCACAGACUUUUGUAGUCAAUUUUGUUUACGCCAAUGAACGUAAAAGGGUCCCUGGCUUGUUCAUUUCACCACUAAAAAGAUUGUGCAAAGUAUCUCAUCCAGAUCAAAUAAAAAGAUUGAUAUGA